AUAUGAAACUACCUAGGGCCCAGGAAUCUACCAGCAUUCAUCUAUAACCGAUGGUACAAAGACCAGUGCUAAUCAACAAUCGUCUUGUGUGUACGGGAGUACUUCAUUGCGUCGCUGGACGGAACUUUUACCAACAGGCUGACGCUGAAGGGUCGAAAUUCAUUCGGACUUUGUUUGGACUAAAAUUGUUGCCGUUGAUUUUUAUACAUCAUUCUCGUAGUUACAAAAGUAAUUUGACACGUGAAUUAAUAGACACAGUGGAUUGCUAACAUCACCAUACUUUACAUAACUUAUAGCUGCCAUUUUUUCCUGAACUUUGAGAAGCAUAAAAGAAAAUUCUAACAAUGAGCCGGAACCCGUUCCGCAAGUCUGUGGGCUAUUACGAAGUUAUGGCUACGUCGUAUACAAGCAGUACAAACUCCGAUCAAGUGGAUUUAUAUCAACAACCAAAUCGGAUGGAAAAUACACAUACACAAGAAUCGCCAAGAAAUGUAGGAUUUAGCAAUCUUAAAGAGCAGCAUACCGAAAAAAAGAAAAAAUACCUGACGGCUAAGUAUGGGGCCCACCAAAUGUUUUUGAUAAAGAAGCGACUCGGUGUUGAGAUGUGGGUGUUUGAUGAACUCAGGAGAUUAUACAAUAGUGAGGCUGACGACCAUGAAUGUGAGCUAGAACUAGAAGAAAUAUUAAAUCUCGACACAGACAGAGAGAGACGGGAAUACGCAAUGAUGCAGUUGCAGAAUGCUAAGCAGCCCCCAGAGGAAGUAAAUAAAUUUGUAGAUGAGCUGUUGAUACGAGCCAAGACCUUAUAGCAAGCUGUGCUGUGGUACACCCCUGGUGUCUGGAAGUGCUCUGGUCUGCUCCUGAUAUACCUACAUGUACAUACACCUAGUGACUGUAGCAGAAGCCUGAAACUUCUGGAACUCUGAACAAACUUGUCUGGCAGCCAGUGAUUUAAAAAAAAAAUUUGACCCUUGUUUACAUUUGGUAGCCUACAUGUGCAUGAGAAAUAUUUCUGUGUGUUUUAGUCAAGGGUCAGAUGGUUGGUAUACAUAUAUAACCCUCAGCUGUUUCAAGUGAAACUUGUAUUUCUGCAUGCGCUUCAGUAUUGAGCCCUGCUUUGAUGGUGGACCAGCUGUAAUGGACAAUGGCAUUCUUAAUGAUGUGGAUAUAAAUAUAUGUAACAUUUCACUCAUUUAGUCAUAUUGGCUGAUUUAUGUAAUAUAUGUAUGUCUUUCUUUAGUUUGUUGAUUUUGUAAAAAAAAAAAAAAAAACCUCUUUGCUAAUAGGUUCAUUUCUAGAUGGCACUGUGACCAUUGAUAUUAAUCAUUGACGUCUGCUAGUUGAUUUAUGUCACUGACAUUGUCAGCUGCUGGUUGAUGUUUGUCACAGUGACCAUCAACAUUUAGCUACCCCAGGACCAGGCUGUUCUAACUCCAUUUUUACAUUUUUUUGUGGAUUUAUUCACCAUUUGGUUCUUAACCAGCUUAAACCUACCAUGAUACAAACCUACUAUGAUACAAACCUACCAUGAUAUCAUAAUAGAAAAAAAAUUGUUACUCAUAUCUCCUACCAUUAUUACACCAGUAAAGUACCCCUUCGAACUUAUAGAUGCAGGUGAAGUAGAGUUCACCUGUUUCCGUGACUACACCACGUGUAGGGAUAGUGUGUUCAUCACAAUGCUCAGCCGUCCUUACUUUUCCUAACAACUUCAGGUACUUAUUGACUUGAGCCCGUUUACCAAGUUCUUAAUAUAAAACAUGAAGUAAAACAGAACUAUGAAGUCUGGUGAAACAUUUAUAAAAACUUUGAGUUAGAACUGUCUGGUUCUGUGUAAGCUAUUUGUCACCUUUAACUGCUGACAGAUGAUCACAGACAUCUUGGUGACAACUGCUUUUUGAUGUUUGUUGAGCUAAAGCAAUCCCUGACACUACUGACACAAUUGAGCAAUCACUGUUUUGUUGACUGACUCAACACUUAUGCUGGGUUUUAUUUAUUAACUCUCUAUCUCUGUUGUGUAUAAUUCAGUUCCCUCAAUUUUUCUAUUGGUUGGCUGCUUACCGUGUUGUGUAGAAGAUGGUCGUUGUUUUGUUGGUCUACUGUCAAAGAUUUUUGUAGGUUGAUGUAUUAUCAUACCUGUUUGUCUUUACAUUGUUAGCAUAUAUUUAAUAGACAUGUUGAAUGAAAGGUUUUUUUUAAUUGUUACGCUUUUAAUAUUGGAAUCUUACAAUUAGUCUUGUGUGAGUUUAAUCUCUUUAUAAUUGUAUUUAAUCAGUGCUAGAGAGAUUAUGGUGAGAUGGUUACCAGAGUAAUCCUAGCUAGUACUGGACUAGACCAAACAUUUCUGAUAGCAUUGUAUCACACACACACACACACACACACAGUCCUGUAUGAUACAACACAUAUACACACAGUACAACACACACAGUCAUGUAUGGUACAUAACACAGAGUAAUGUACUGUACAUCACACAAAACUGGGUGCACACAUGCAGACAACACAACACAGAGACUAUCAUUGAAACAUAACCACCCCCAUUUUGCUCUCUCUCUCUACUGUGUGUUACUGUUGAAUGUUUCAAUGAUGAGUAGAUUAUUCUAACAUUACUAACAACCUGACAUUUCUGUUUAGCCUUGGCUCUCAUCUAGAAUGGAGCUGCUGUGAAUCCAUCUGAUGGAGACUGUUGGUUUGGUGUAGUUUUUGUGGUGUCUUCAGCCACGGAUGACCCUUAAUUCUAUUUAAGGGAUAUAAUUUUACCUCACUAGCUGUGACAAUCUCUUUUGCAUUUUGUGUCUAACAUAAGUUGUUUGAAAAGUUUGCCGUCAAAUUGUUUAAGGUUCAUGCUUGGAAAAGGCAGCUGAUAACGUCUAUUGCGGAUCCAGUCUUUAGACUGUUUGUGUCAGGUUUGUUAGGAUUAAAUGAGCCAGGUGUUUACAUGUGGCAUGGAAUAACAUACUUUUAUAUAUACCUUUUCAAAAGACAAAUUAUGAAUUAAAUUCAUUGCUGCUAUAAAGUUUAUGCUUAGAUCUGUUGGUUUUAUUUAAAUCCAAUAGUUGCUGGUUCUUUUAUUUAACUGAGGUAAAAGCCUCAAAUAUGUAUAUUCUGAUGUAUGUCUAUGUCUGUUCUCUAAUAUUUUUUUUUUGACAAGCAAGUGCCAAACUGGUCAAUUCUUAAUUUAAAAUAAAAGGGUGAGUGUAGGUGCAGUAGAGUUGGUUGUAUUGCCUCCAUGGACUUGUGUCACUAAAAUGCAUAUCAUAAGUGUAGGUGACUUGAAUGUUUCGGAGAUCUAGCAGCUGAAGCUUGAUGUGAAGAUGGUGGCUAGUCAGAGUACUUGAAUAUGGGUGUCGUAUAAGUUUUAGAGUGAAGAAUUAGUGUACAAUUUCUUGCUAAAAUAAUUGAGAUGAAUGUAGCACACACAUUUUUAAAUUCUACUUUAGCAGUAGCCAUUUCAUAUAUUAACUUGUAUGGGAUCACUAACCUCAGGUUGCUAAGGUAGUUGCUUGGACUAGUUCAACCUGGUCUAGCUGCCAUUUUUGACUCACUGUCAGCAACAUAAACUUCUUAUUCAAUCAAUAAAAAGAAUUAUUUCCUUGUUCACCAUGGAGCAGCUAGAAAAAGAUCUAGAUUACUACAGCCCUCUCUUAUCAAACUUCUCAGAAGUUGGCCUAAACUGCCAGUGCCACUUCCUUGUUGAGGAAUGCUUUUAUCUGCUGCCCUAGUAGAUCCUGGUUCUGGGAUUGUUUCUGUUGACACGCCCAUAGAAGGUGUGUACUAGUUUAGCGUGCCACCUGCCAGUAGCAGGUGUUGGAGCAUUGGAACCAUUCACUUUCUCAGUCCAUGCCAUGGUUAGGUGACCUCGCACUCAUAUUUUAGAUGAUUCACUGGGUGGUGCACAUUAGUUAACAACUUUUGUUGUCAGUUGUUUUAGUGAGCUGAUAGGGUAUAGCAGAUGUUUGUUUUCUGAUAGAUGAAAUAUCAGCAAAGAACAAACUGAAGGUUCUACUGUAGGGCCGGGGGGGGGGGGGGGG